UGUCCAUGGAACAUGUAACAGUGCGGUGUAGGUUAAACAGUGCGCUUAGUCCCCCCCCACUGGUUGUCUCCAACCUGUCUCCACCGCGUCCUCUCCGCGUGUCACAGCCGCAGACAUGGCUCUGUCCCUGGGAUGGUUCUCCGCUCUCGCCGCGGGUGUUUUCUCCGCACAUGUUUUGCAGAAACGUUUCCCAUUCUUUUGGAGAGACCUCUUCUUUCUGUGGAAGGUGAUCACGUACGGCGUGAAGCUGGAGCUCUUCAAGCUGACAUCCAGCGUGUGCACGGUCCUGGAAAGGUUCAUCCAGCAAGCGCAACGCGUCCCCAACAAACCGUUCGUUAUCUACGAUGGACGCGUCCACACCUACCGGGACAUCGAGCUACGGAGCAACAGGCUCGCCAAUGUUUUCCUGGAGAGUCUCAAACUGAGGAGAGACUGUGUUGCUUUGCUCAUGAACAACGAGCCCGACUUCCUGUGCGUUUGGUUCGGGUUGGCGAAGGUCGGCUGCUCGGUCGCUUUCCUCAACCACAACAUCAAGUCCAAGUCUCUGCUGCACUGCUUCAACUGCUGCGGAGCCAAAACUCUAAUAGUCGGUUCAGAUUUAGUGGAAUGUCUGGAUGGCAUCCUGAGCAGCCUGCUGCAGGACAACAUUCAGGUGUGGGCCAUGAAGGACCAACAGAGUGAGCACACACAGGUGCACACUCUGUUGGAUAAGAUGGAUGCUGCGUCGGACCAGCCAGUACCAGCAGUGUUACACGCCAUCACCUCCCUAAAAACCCCCACCCUGUACAUCUUCACCUCUGGAACAACUGGGCUCCCGAAGGCUGCAGUGAUUACUCACCUCCAGAGUCUGAAGGCUGCAGCAGGUUUUUGGGCAUUUGGGGCGACCGAAGAUGAUGUGAUGUACAUUCCUCUGCCACUCUACCACAGUGCAGCUUCCUUGAUCGGCAUAGGAGGAACCAUAGAGCUAGGUGCGACCUGCGUCUUGAAGAAGAAGUUCUCAGCCUCCCAGUUCUGGAGCGACUGUAGGAAACAUGACGUGACUGUUUUCCAGUACAUUGGUGAACUCUGCCGAUACCUGUGCAACCAGCCUAAGACAGAGAUAGAUAAAGUUCACAAGGUGCGGAUGGGAGUAGGGAAUGGACUGCGGCAGGAUGUCUGGCGGGAGUUCCAGAGUCGCUUUGGAAACAUCAAAAUGUGCGAGGUAUACGGAUCCACAGAGGGAAACCUGUGCUUCAUGAACCACAUCGGCAAGAUUGGAACUGUGGGCCGGUCCAACUUCCUCUACAGGCUCCUGUUCAAAUAUGAUCUAGUGAAGUAUAACAUGGAGAAAGAUGAACCAGUAAAGGAUCAAUACGGUUUUUGUCAGCGAGUGGAAAGGGGUGAGACAGGGCUUUUACUGUCCAAGGUGAGCGCCAUCAGCCCCUUCUUUGGCUACGCUGGAAGCAAGCACCUGACCGAGAAGAAGUUGUUGAGAGACGUGUUUGUGAAGGGAGAUUCCUACUUUAACACGGGUGACCUAAUGGCUGAAGACCAGGAAGGCUUCAUCUGCUUCAAAGACAGAGUGGGAGACACCUUCAGGUGGAAGGGUGAAAAUGUAGCAACGACAGAGGUAACAGAGACUCUCGGGCUGGUGGAUUUUAUCCAGGAAGUUAAUGUGUAUGGAGUGGAAGUACCAGGGCAUGAGGGCAGAGCGGGAAUGGCUGCCAUGAUCACAAGACCAGGUCUCACUUUUGAUGGGAAGAAAUUGUUCGAUCACGUGAUGAGGGAUCUACCGGCGUACGCUCGUCCGCUGUUCAUUAGGCUUCAGGAGAUCAUGGAAAUGACGAGCACCUUCAAGCAGCAGAAGUUCCAGCUGGUGCAGAGUGGCUUCAACCCCUCGACGAUCUCCGAGCCUCUCUAUGUUUUGGACUACCAGCAGAAGAAUUACGUUCCUCUAACAGACACUAUCUACCAGAGCAUCCUUGCUGGAGAACGCAAGCUAUAGAACUCACAAGUAUGAUGACAUGGCUUGAGACAAAGAGGGAUU